GUCAAACUAAAUCACUCAUUUUGAAACCUGUCACUAAAAACCUAACGCUCAAAUGUCGAAACGCAAAACCUAAACCUCACCGGAAAACACCACCGGAGUUUCUCCCCAGCCACCACAAACAGCUUCAAAUCCCGUCCACGUUUUCCUCUUUCAUCUUCCAUUUCCACAAUGCCUUCCUCCGACGAAGAACCCACCACAAACCCUAUACCAAAACACCCCCCACGUUCAUCAUCAACCUCCACAAAAUUCUUCGAAGAAGUACUCAACGGACCAAACCAACGUUGUUUAGAAAAUUUCCGAAUGGACAAAGUCGUAUUCUAUAAACUAUGUGAUAUUCUAGAAACCAAGGGUUUAUUACGUGACACGAAUAGGAUUAAAAUUGAAGAGCAAUUAGCUAUUUUUUUGUUCAUAAUUGGUCAUAAUUUGAGGAUUAGAGGUGUUCAAGAGUUGUUUCACUAUUCCGGUGAGACUAUUAGUCGGCAUUUUAAUAAUGUUUUGAAUGCGGUUAUGUCGAUUUCUAAAGAGUAUUUUCAGCCUCCGGGGGAGGAUGUUGCUUCGAUGAUUGCGGAAGAUGAUAGGUUUUUUCCGUAUUUUAAGGAUUGUGUGGGAGCAAUUGAUGGUAUAUAUGUACCUGUGACCGUUGGUGUAGAUGAGCAAGGACCUUUCCGCAAUAAGGACGGGUUACUUUCACAAAACGUUCUCGCAGCUUGCUCAUUUGACCUCAAGUUUUGUUAUGUUUUAGCUGGCUGGGAAGGAUCUGCUUCAAACUUACAAGUUUUUAAUUCAGCAAUCACUAGAAAGAAUAAAUUGCAGGUCCCUGAAGGUAAAUAUUACUUAGUAGACAACAAGUUUCCGAAUGUGCCAGGUUUCAUUGCUCCAUACCCCCGUACUCCUUAUCACUCCAAGGAAUUCCCCACCGGUUACCAACCACAGAAUGCAUGUGAACUGUUCAAUCAACGGCACUCAUUAUUACGAAGUGUGACUGCUCGAACUUUUGGGGCUUUAAAGGAGCGAUUUCCUAUAUUGAUGGCAGCUCCUUCAUACCCAUUACAGACACAAGUAAAAUUAGUGGUGGCAGCUUGUGCGUUACACAAUUACAUUCGCGGGGAGAAACCAGAUGAUUGGAUUUUUAAGAUGUAUGAAAAGGAUGCAUCAUUGACAAUGGAUGAAUCACUGCCUCCAAUAGAGGUGGAAGUAGAUCCGACAUCGAAUGUUGAGACCCAAAACCAGUAUCAGGGUCUUAGUUUUGAUGCUGAAGAAAUUGCACUCGCAUCACAAUUAAGGGUCUCUGUUACUGCUGAAAUGUGGAACAAAUUUAUCCAGGACAUUUCCCCCAUGUAAAAUUUCUUUAAUUAAGUUUAUGGUCUCAAGUUUGGCUUGAAGUUUUCUCAAGAUAUUAAGGAUCAUGCAUCAUGCAUGUUGAUCACAUUUCAUCAUAGAAACUUAGGCCUUUAACUUUUAUAUGGUGGAUUAUACCCUUCAGUUUAGGGGCAAAUGAAUUUUCCAUCCUUCCCAAGGGAUUAACAUGAUAAGGAUAUUGUUUAUUGCAGUAAAAAAUUCAGAGAGCUCAUGACCAAUACAGAGAUCAUGUGGCAGACCAUGAUAUUCAUUGUAUGGUUCAAGCUCUGAAAAUGUACUGUUAGUGUAUAGUAUACUCCACUAAUUUGUCCAUGGGACCAUGUACAGAAUCUACUGGUAUAGAUAACUUGCAUACGUGACAUUAAAUGCCAGAGAAAA